UCUCUCUCUCUCUCUCUCUCUCUCUCUCUUUUCCAGCCUGGUUUCACGAAGUUUUGGAAGAAGAUAUUUCUAUCAGAAGCAUCUGUAGCUGUUAUUCAGGAUACAUUUUGGUGGAUCUUUCUUGACCGUUUUAAUAAAGAGAAAGGACUCGAUGGUGAUAAAGAUCUGGUAUUUGAUCGAGUAGCUGAUAGUUUUGUAGCGUUGUUUACUACUAUAAAUACAGAUGUUAAAGAUAAAGUGCUACCGGUCUACCCCGAUUGCUAUGCCCAAUCACUGUAUGCUUUGUAUUGUGAAGCGUUUCCCGAAUCAACACCAACUUUUGACGAAGAUUUUAAACAGUAUCUGGUUAACUUGGCCCAUGAGUGGAUAACUGGUUUGAAGCCAGUUCCAGGAACGUAUAAUAAUUGGAAUGUCAAUGGACUGAAACCAGGUGUGCCAAAAGGUACCAAAGCAGAUGAAAAUGUUGUUGCUGCAAAACAAAUGAUUCAGGCAGCGGCUCUAAACAAGAAUGUAUCAAUAACGUUGGAUAUUGAAUCAUUUACGAAGUUAGUAGAUCGUCUAGGUAACGACAAACAGACGAGUCCGUCGAUAUCUCCGCAUGGUUUUACUAGAGAAUCAACUAAAACAACUACCAUUACGUCUGGUUCAUGGAACACACCAUUACCUACCACACAAACUAAGUUGAGGGUCAAACAAGUCAUAGAGUCACAUCAAAUAGGACCUGGGCCGGAGUAUGAAAGAGUUAAAUUCAACACCCAGGGACGAAGCCCUUUAAUCUCACAUUAUCUGUAUAUGAGACAACUGAGGGAUCUAAAACAACCAGGACAGAAGCUCCGCAGAACAGAGAUUGCCAAAUUACCACCACCAGGCCAGACAUACCAACAGUUAAUACAGAACACAUUGUCAUUAUCUAACGCUCUUAGUAAAGAAUAUCAGAAAAUCUGUGAUGAAACAAAUCAGGGUAUUAUAGAUCUCGAGAGACGGAAAGUAGAAAUGAAUAAAGAAAUCGAUGCCUUACAGAAAGAACUCUUAUUCACACGAAACCCACACGAUUUAAAAAUAUUAUGUGAAAAAAUAGCCGCUUUACGGGAAAAAAGUAAAGAACUUCCCAUGACAGUUGAUUCCAAAUCAUCUGAGAUGUCUGAUUCCAGAGCGAGUAGUAUUAUAGAAGACAACUUGAUCAAAUCACCCAAAUCAUAAUAGACCUAUGUACUAAUCAAUGUAUUUAUUAUAAGGGAAAACAUGUCCGAGAAUACAGGGUUCCUGUUUCAACAGUUUACUACAAACAGUAAUAACUUGGCUCAGAAUUAAGUAAUUUGAAUGAAAUUUUCAAUAUUUUCAUUAUCUAUUUUUUUGCUAUUUUAAUACGCCCACAUGGAAAUGUGGUCGUAUAUUGCUGUCGCCCCCGUCCGUCCGUCUGUCCGUCCGUCCGUCCAGCGUCCACAAUUUCUUGUGAACACUCUACAGACUACAUUUAUCAUCUGAUUGAUUUGAAAUUGUUAUAUGUUGUUUGCAUUAGUGAGAUGAAGAAGCCUAUUUAAUUUCAAUAACUUCCGUUAAUUUCUUCUAGAGUUAUGGCCCUUGUUUCACUUUGUUGCACCUUGUGAACGCUCUAACGACAAAAGUUAUCGACCGAUCUAUAUGAAAUUUAUAUGCAUCAUUUAAAUUAGUAAAACAAAGAAGCCUAUUGAAUUUCAUCAAUUUCCGUUAAUUACAUCUAGAGUUAUGGCCCUUGUUUCACUUUGUUGAAUCUUGUGAACGCUCUAAUGACAAAAGUUAUCAACCGAUCUGUAUGAUAUUGAUAUGCAUCAUUUAAAUUAGUGAAAUGAAGAAUCCUAUUGAAUUUCAGCAAUUUCCGUUAAUUUCUUCUGGAGUUAUGGCCCUUGUUUCACUUUGUUGCACCUUGUGAUCGUCUAACGACAAAAGUUAUCAACCGAUCUGUAUGAAAUGUAUAAGCAUCAUUUAAAUUAGUAAAACAAAGAAGCCUAUUGAAUUUCAUCAAUUUCUGUUAAUUACAUCUAGAGUUAUGGCCCUUGUUUCACUUUGUUGAAUCUUGUGAACGCUCUAAUGACAAAGGUUAUCAACCGAUCUGUAUGAUAGUGAUAUGCAUUAUUUAAAUUAGUGAAUUGAAGAAUCCUAUUGAAUUUCAGCAAAUUCCGUUAAUUUCUUUUGGAGUUAUGGCCCUUGUUUCACUUUGUUGCACCUUGUGAAUAUGUUGUUUGCAUUAGUGAGAUGAAGAAGCCUAUUUAAUUUCAAUAACUUCCGUUAAUUUCUUCUAGAGUUAUGGCCCUUGUUUCACUUUGUUGCACCUUGUGAACGCUCUAACGACAAAAGUUAUCAACCGAUCUGUAUGAAAUUUAUAUGCAUCAUUUAAAUUAGUAAAACAAAGAAGCCUAUUGAAUUUCAGCAAUUUCCGUUAAUUACAUCUAGAGUUAUGGCCCUUGUUUCACUUUGUUGAAUCUUGUGAACGCUCUAAUGUCAACAGUUAUCAUCUGAUCUGUUUGAAAUUGAUAUGCAUCAUUUAAAUUAAUGAAACGAAGAAGCCUAUUGAAUUUCAUCAAUUUCCGCUAAUUACGCUGUGAGUUAUGGCCCUUGUUUCACUUUGUUGUACCUUGUAAAUGCUCUAACGACAAAAGUUAUCAUCCGAUCUGUAUGAAAUUUGUAUGCAUUAUUUGAAUUAGUAAAACGAAAAAUUUCUGUAGAUUACUUCCAGAGUUACGGCCCUUGUUUUAGUUUUUAGAACCUUGUGAACCCUCAAACGACAAAAAUUAUAAUGUCAUCUGUAUGAAAUUAUCUAUUAAAUUCCCCUAAUUACCUACAAAAGAAUAAAUAUGUGACGACCCUUGUCGACUGCUCGGACGAGUUAGCUGCUGUGGGCGUAUGUUUAGUUGCCUGGCAACCUAUCUUUGGCUUACAUGUACCAAUGUGCUCUUUCACUCCCUAUCUCUCCUAUUUUUCCCAAAGAAAUAAGAAUAAAAUUUUGAACAGGUGUUUUUGAAGAACAGAAUAUCAAGUUGGUGUGGUCUUGGGUCAGUAUGCUGAAAGGGCCAUAACUCUUGCAGUCAUAUACGGAGGCAGACCACCAUUAAUUUCCCCAUUGACUUCAAUGUUAAUUCUGGCCUCUUUGCCCACCUCCAACUUUUCCCCAAAUUUUCGUUGGGCUGAAUGCUUUCCACUACAGACAGAGGAACAAAUGGUCAUGUCUUUGCACUAAAAUUUGUAUGAGGUUGACCACCAAAAUUUUGAGAUACACAAACUUGAAGAAGCAUACUAAAAACAUGUAACUAGUUGCCGUACAUAUCGCCGUAGCUAACCUGAUAACCCUCUUAUCCUUCCGCCUCAAAAUCAUGAAUAUUUACCAAAACCUGGCAGAAAAUGUUAAUUCAAACCCUCUUCAUCCAUUCUAGACCAAAAAAUCAACACAAAUGGGCAUGCAAAAGGGGAGAAAAGAGAGAGAGAGAGAGAAUUGCUAUAAAUAGACGAACUACAAUUCGUGGGUACCGAGAUGAUGAAAUUUAAUGGUGGUCUGCCUCCUAUAUAUAAUCCUGCUAGAAUAUGUUAAAUUGUUUCAGUGGCAUUUAGUAAUUGAACUGGAAUAAACAGAUCACAAUUCUAUAGAAUAAAAUUACUGCUUAUUACUGAGCGACGUUUCGACUAGGCUUCUCUAAAUAUGUUAGUGUGAAAUCCAUUUGAAGUGGACAUUAUUUUCUCUUUAAAUGAUACCCCCCUCUGUCUUUUAGCUGAGGGGAAUAUAACAAGUUUUCAUACAAACCCGUCUAUUCCUUACUUAGCUUUAGUCCUCAACAGGCAUUUAGUAAUUGUUCUUCCUUAACGACAAGUAUCCUACGCUGAUAUCAAUGGUUUUUGUUUGUUAAAGUUUUAGCAACAUAUAAUUUUAGUGAUAUGUUAUAAGAUAUAUAAGCUGUGAUAAUAUUUAUUUAUAAUAAAAACUGAUACCUAAUGAUAUUGGUUAUUU